AUGAGUCCUCAGCAGCCCGGGGGCAGGCACUUAGUGCACAGCCAUGCCAAGGAGGGCGACGUACCCGGCACGGUCGACCUGACAGCCAAAGAGGGCGACGACACGGGCUACGGACAGGCCCUGUAUCCGGUGCCGGCUGAAGAUCCCAACGACCCGCUGCAGUGGUCCAACACGCGCAAGAGUCUCAUCCUCGUCGUCUGCUCGCUCUACUCGUUCCUCAGCAACUCGGCGCUGCUGGGACCGUCUGUGUACAUUGGCAUCUACGCGGAAGAGUUCGGCAUCGACGCGAAUACGGCGAGCAACCUGGUCAGCUAUGCAAAUCUUGCGUUUGGAUUCGGAUCCCUGGUGCUGGUGCCGGCAUACCACAAGUUUGGCCGCCGACCGGUCAUGCUGCUGUCGCUCCUCACGUACUGCGCCGGCCUCCUGGCCUGCUCGCAGGUGACGACUUACGGGGGCUUGAUGGCGGCCAGGGUGAUCCACGGCUUCGGAUCGUCCGUGUGCGAAGCGCUGCCUGUGCAGCUGGUGAACGACAUCUUCUUUCUCCACGAACGCGGCAAGCGUCUGGGAUACUACACCGUCUGUCUCUGCUUCGGUGCCACAGGCCCGCUCUACGCCGGGUACAUGCUGGCCGGCGGCUACUCGUGGCGCCUCUUCUUCUACGUCGAGUUCGCCUUCGGCUGCGCCCUGUUUAUCCUGGCCUUCUUCGUCGUCGAGGAGACGCUCUACCACCGCGUGCCGCGCACCGAGGCCGCCCUGGAUUCGUCGAGCUCCCAGAACGGUGAGAAGGGCUCCUCCGAGGCCCACGCGGUCGCCGCCGAAUCCUCGUCCGAUGCCGUCGCCUACGUGCCGCCCCGCAAGACCUUCCUCCAGACUCUCAAGUUCUGGGGCGCGUACGACAAAGACACCGAGUACUUCCUCAUGAUGGCCCGCUCCUUUACCUACUAUCUUGUGCCCCACGUGCUCUGGGUGGUCACCACAUACGGAAUCUACAUCGGCCUGGGCGCCCUGACGUUCAACUACACGUUCCCGCUGAAGAUCACCGCGCCGCCGUACAACUGGACGCAGACCAACUCGGGCCUGAUCGCCGUGGGCUCCUUCCUGGGCUACCUGCUGGCGAUCCCGUUCACGACGACGUCGGACCGGCUGGCGGCGCACCUGACGCGGCGGAACAACGGCAUCCGCGAGGCGGAGAUGCGGCUGGGCGCGAUGCUGCCCGUGAUGCUGCUCGGGCCGGCCGGGCUGAUCGUGUACGGCUUCAGCGCGCAGCGCGACCUGCACUGGGUCGGCUACUUCGCCGGCGUGGCCAUGACCAACUUCUGCAGCUACUUCUACUUCACCUUCACGCUCGCCUACGCCAUCGACAGCUACACCGCCAACAUCAGCGAGAUGCUCAUCGCCAUGAACCUCGGCAAGCAGGCCAUCUCGUUCGGCAUGGGCCUCGACCUGCUCGACUGGGUGCUGCAACAUGGCUAUGCCGUCAUGAUCGCCGGCGUGUUCUGCGCGAUCCUGCUGGCAAAUAACCUGGCGCUGAUUGUGUUUAUGGUGUGGGGGAAGAAGAUAAGGAGGUUCAUGGCGACCACGUGGCUUGCGAGGGUGCAUCGGGCGAGUGUGAGGGAGAUUGCCACGCAUUGA